AUGGCUUGGCCGGCAUCGCUCGUCCUUUUUCUUUUCCAUGCCGUAUAUUAUGUGAUAAACAUCUUCUCGUCUCUACGCGUCAGUCUCGGUCGGCCACCAAAGCCUCUCGAAGCCAAGCGGAAACAACUUCCCACCCACCUCGCGUUGCUUUUCGCUACGGACCGAGAUGGCGUAAUGGAGAAAAUUGAGGAACAGUUGCUUGUAAACAUCCAGCAAGCGAUAUCAUGGUGUCGGGCUGUAGGAAUACAGCGUCUGACCGUAUAUGACCGUGACGGAUCUCUGUACGGUUCAUCUUUUGAAUUGAGGACAAAGCUGUACAAGGAGAACACCCACGACGAAGUGUGUGAAGCCGAGGCUGAAGUUCAAUACCCUUUGACACCACCGCCUUCCGACUCUUCGGCCUCAAGUUCGAGAUCACUAUCGCCGGAACACUCAGCACAACCAAAGCUGCAUGCUAUCACCAUUGUUGUUACCUCUGAGACCAAGUCCCGGACACGAAAUGAGAAGGAUGGUUUGAGACGUCGCGCGAGUGGCUUGAAAGUGUCUACUAAGCCACCAUUCACGCUCCAUGUCCUGUCACGAAAAUCAGGGAAGCCUGCAGUCGCUGAAGUCGCAGCAAGCUUUGCGAGCAACGAUUCUGAGUUCAUGAACAAGGAUUCGGCGGUGUCUGUCGCGUGUCUGAACUCGAUGUUGGAAGGCGAACACGGUUUCCCUCCACCAGACCUGAUGAUAGUGCAUCAGGUCACGCCGCAUAGAUAUCCCAAGAAUAUACUGGAGCUGCAUGGCUUCCCACCAUGGCAAAUAAGCUUGACUGAGUUCUAUUAUUCUGAGUAUCCUUCUUGGUGGAUGUGCUGGAAACAGUCGGACUCCUCUACAUACGUACCGCUCACAAAACACGAGUUGUGUCGAGCGUUAGACCAGUACGAUGCUGCGGAAAUGCGGCGUGGCAGAUGA